AUGGACCCUCUGUCAGUCUCGGCCUCGAUAAUCGGGAUCACUACCGCAGCUGUACAAGUCUCGCGUCUGCUGAAGACAUUCGUCGAUGGUGCAAAUGGAGCAUCCACAUCCGCACGCGGUGUCCUCAUGGAAGUGACAGGCAUCUAUGCGUGCCUGCAUCAGCUGCAAGGUUUCUUAAUAGGAAAUGAAGAAGCGGCUAGGCCCCGAAGAUCUCUCAUCAUGAUUGAGCAGGUCAUCAUUGUAUUCACAGACUGUGUCUCCAUCUUCUCUGAGCUCGAGCAGACACUCGAAUCGCUAAAGACAGGGGAGCACAUGCGAUUAAUAGACAGAUUGAAAUGGGCGUCCAAGGAGGCUGCUAUCUCAAAACUACUCGCACGACUUCAGGCCUCAAAGGCAUCACUGAAUUUCAUGCUGACGAUUUUGACUUGUACAUCGAUAGAUUGGGCCGAAGCCUCGAUGCGCAACCUCACCAGCCUAGUGCAGGAAGUGCUAAAGACAAACGUUAACAUGGCUUCCCGGCUAAAGAAUCUUGAAAGGAUGCAUCCAGCUCUAGCCGCCUCCUUACGUACAUCGCAAAACGAUACCGCCAGAAGCGAAGGAACUGAAAGCCGUGCCGUUAGCCGGACGACCUAUUACAAAUUCACCUUCGAGGAAGAGCUCGAGACGUCUCCGGUUUACAAAAGAGCGGGCAUGAAUCAAAGCAGAUUCUCCAAAUCUUUGACCUCCUCAAAUGGCCCUUCGUGUUUGUCAGGCCUCAGUCUUUCAGACGUUAGCAACGUCUCCGCUAUCGCGCUCCCGAUAUCCUCUAUGGAGCUUUGGAAUCAUCACCGGUAUCGACCCGACAAUGCCGGGUCCGCAACCGCUGCCACAUCAUUGGAUGCGUGGUACAAUCCACCAGCGAAGAAAAGUGCCUUCAUACGAACAGCCUACUUCAACGGCCAGUAUACAAAUCAGUACGCACAGUCAAAAUUCACCGGACAUCUGAUAUACCGGCGCUUUACCAUCACCGCGCCUCACUCUCCGCCCGUCUUCACCGAAGGAGCAAUCAUGCCACAGAGUCCGAAAGAGCUUGAGCGGAUUGGCGAGGAGGCUUCCGAAAAAGAUGAGAGGUUUGAACUCGAAGACACAGGCAUCGAGAACGCAGCGCCGACGGAGCUCGAAGGCGGACAAAUCGCCUUGAAAAGCGCUCUGAACAUGGACGCAUCUGAUUUGCACGCCACCCCUGACGCAGCUCUGCGCUCCUCGCCGCAAAAGCCCCUACCAUUAUCGUCUCCUGAGACUUGGAAAGGCGGCAAGACGCUUGCUGCACGCCGUCGCAGAAUCCGCAGUACCUCGCCUUUGAUCAAGCUGACCAAGCCGCUGGCGGGUAUGGGAGAUUCGCGAAACUGGAAAUUGUCAGUCUUGCAUAAAUUCGCUACGAUACAGUACACCUUAUAG